AUGACGGGUUCAAGGGUCUUGUGCGUGGCAGAGAAGCCUGCCAUUGCGAAGGCUGUGGCGCAGCAUCUGUCUGGAGGUGUCAUGCAGACAAUACCCACGGGGAGUCAGUAUGUGAAGAACUACGUGUUCGAGUUUAAUUUCGGCAGGCCCUGGGGAAAUUGCUCGGUCACAAUGACCAGCGUCCUGGGCCAUUUGACCACCUUGGAUUUUGAACGCCAAUAUAAAGGUUGGCUAUCCUGUCCACCGGGGGCAUUGUUCGAGGCUCCAGUACAUGAAUUUGUAGACUCUGAGAAAACAGCAAUUGCGGACAACAUCCAAGAGCAAUCAAGACGCUGCAAGGCUCUAUUUAUCUGGACAGACUGUGAUCGAGAAGGGGAACAUAUUGGAGCUGAGGUUCGCAAACAAGCAAAAGAAGGCAACUCUCGUAUUGCCGUUAAACGUGCCAGAUUCAGCAAUACUGAACGAGCCCACGUCCUUAGCGCUGCCCGGGCACUUAUUGAUCUAGACGAUCUCCAGGUUAAUGCUGUAGCCGCCAGGAUUGAGCUUGACCUGCGAAUUGGCGCUGCGUUCACUCGUUUACAAUGCCUUCAACUCAAGCCCUUGUCCGAAACUUUGAGCGAUACGGUCAUCAGUUACGGAUCCUGUCAGUUUCCAACGCUUGGGUUUGUAGUGGAUCGCUACUUGCGGGUGAAGAACUUCAAACCGGAGAAAUUCUGGGGCAUCAAAGUGAUGCACAAUCGGGAUGGGAUCAAGGUGAACUUUCUUUGGAGAAGAAUACAUCUAUUUGACCGAGCAGCUGUGACGGUGAUGCUUGAGCGGUGUUUAAUGGCACAAAAUGCCAAGGUGACCAAGGUCAAUCAAAAGCCCACCAGCAAAUGGAGGCCAUUACCACUGACUACGGUGGACCUACAAAUGAUGGGAAGUAGAUAUCUUCGUCUAGACAGUCAAAAAAUCAUGAAGGUCGCAGAGGCUCUUUACACCAAGGGUUUCAUUAGCUACCCGCGUACGGAAACAGAUCAGUUUGACAAGGGGAUUGACCUGAAAAAGUUGAUAGAGAAGCAACUCCCGGACGGAAACUGGGGUCAAUAUGCAAGAGGCCUUCUCGAAGGGGGCUUCAGGGCUCCCCGAGCUGGACGUCAUAACGACCAGGCACAUCCUCCAAUCCAUCCUAUCUGCUGGGUUGCACCAUCUGCGCUGUCGGCUGAUGAGAAGAAAGUGUAUGAAUUUGUUGUCCGUCGUUUCCUAGCCUGUUGCGCGGAGGACGCAAAGGGCCAAACAUCCGAGGUCGAAAUCCAAUACGGCGACGAGACGUUCCAUGCCAAAGGGCUGAUUGUGCUCGAGAGAAACUAUUUGGAUGUCUAUGUAUACGAUAAGUGGGAAAGUACCCAACAAUUGCCGGAGUUCCGAAUGGGCGAGUUCUUUGAACCGGCAGAAGCUAAUAUAUUCGACGGCACGACAACGCCUCCCAAUUACCUGACCGAACCGGAGCUGAUCGGACUAAUGGAUGCUAAUGGUAUCGGCACAGAUGCCACUAUGGCAGAGCAUAUUGCUAAGAUCAAGGAACGAGAGUACGUUGCGGUUAACUCACGGGGGAGUGGCCGCAAUGCAGUCAAGGAACUUAUCCCAACCCGUCUGGGUAUCGCGCUGGUGGAAGGCUACGAUAACGUCUUUGCUGGUCUGCCAGAUAGUCCGUCUCUCAGCAAACCAUUUCUACGCAAAGAGAUGGAACUGCGAAUGCGGGAGAUCUGCACUGGCUCCAAAUCGCGACAGCAGGUCGUGCAGGAAAACCUGGAGAAGUACCGAGAGGUCUUUAUACACACACAGAGGCGGAUCAAUUUGCUGAAGGAUGCGUGUCGAAAAUACAUAGUUGAGGGAGCAACGUAA